UAAAAAAAGAAUAAUAAAUAUAUUUAUUAGGCUACAGUAUAUUUAUUUUAGACUACUUCGAGGAAUAUUAGAUUCUCUGGAUAUGAAUGUUUGAAGAUUUGAUAUGAAGAAUUACACCUGCAUUUUAUUUUAAUAUUUGUGUGUGAUGGUGUGUGUAUGCAUGUAGAUUCUUCUAUAAUGAAUGGUAUUAACUGUAUGAGUUUUCAUUUGGCUUAAUUUGUCCACCACUUUGGAAAACUCAGAUUACUUUGUUGCCUUUUAUCUUGCAGCUCAUAAAAUAAAAGCUGUCUUACCAUUACUUGAAUUAGUCUUACAGCAUGGUGAAGCAACCCUGUCUAGCUUGUUCCUUGUACUUCAAAAUGGAUCUGUUUCAGUGGAAUUAGUUUAUUAAUAUGAUGUCUGUAAUUAAUUCAAGAUGCUUCUGUUCCAUAGUUUCAAGCAAAUUUAGGCAUUGAAUGAUUUUAUUAUUGUUGGAGAGUAAAUUUUCAAUAGUUAGCAAGAUCUGGAUAUUCCACAAAUAAUAAAGUACUACCAUUAUGUAUAUUCAAAUUUAAAAAUGUUCAGAUUCAAGACUUUGUUCUUAUAGAUCUGAAUCAUCAGAAUAUUAGAUUAUAGACUGCAUUUUACAAAUUUUACUAAUAUUUCUCUCUUUAGCUUGUCCGUUUAUGGAACAUAAAUAGUUGCAUGAAUAACCUGUUGAUAAAUAUCAAUCAAAUUACAAUUUUUAAAUAUUUGAGAUCAGGCCUGUUUUAUAAAGAUAAAAAUUACAAAAACAUGCUUUCAACUAUCAAAAAUAAAUAAUUUAGAUUGUAAUCUUAGUUUCAGUCUUCUGUUAAUGUAAUAUUUAAGAGACAAAAUUGUGUUGUGUUUCUAUUGUCUUACAACUUUAAGUAUUUAUCUGAAAAUCUGUUCCUUGCCAUGUUUUUCUUCUGUAACAUAAACUGUGCCCUGUGAAUUUCUGGGGACUGAAUUUGAAAUUGCUCCUGCCAACUGUUCGUGGCCUGGUGCGUAACUGAAUGCCUGAAUAUCCCCGCUGAAUGAAUUGCGUAUUCUACCCUGAAUUCACUCUGAUAUAUUGAUUGGCUGGACGAUCUUGGUGCCGUUUCCAGAAGAGCCACCGAAGGAAAAGAUCCAGGAGUGUAGAGGAUGAUGAGGAGGGUCACCUGAUCUGUCAAAGUGGAGACGUACUAAGAGCAAGAUGUAUAGAAUAUUUUUCAACACUUUUAAAAAAAAAUUCAGCAAAACAUCUGUUUAGAAUAGUAUGCUAGAGGAUAAGUGGGGGCGGGGCUAAGAAAGCUUCAUUGCUCUCUUUUAUCUUUUGUUUUGUCUUUGUAUUCUAUUUCUUUUCUUUUCUGUACUCUUAAAUAUUGCUGUUCAGGCAACCACAACAGUAAAUAAAGCUUAAGGUUAGAUUGAUAGCUAGAUAACUAUUUUGUGACACCUAUCCAAUAAAAAUAACACAUUCCGAAGCAGACAGUAAGUUAAUGUUUUUAUAAUGAUAGGCUUAAUAAUGUUUUGCUUAAUUCAGCUAGUCAAUAACAGCUGGAAUUUAUUUCUUUUUUUAGAUGAAGUUAUUGCUACUUUAGGGGAAGGCGCUUUUGGGAAAGUCGUGGAAUGCAUUGAUCAUCACAUGUAUGUAUGCUGUUUUCUCAAAAUUAUUAUCAAAAGAAAUGUGUUUGUAUGAAGGUAGAAAUCCUACUGUCCAUGCUAUUAAUUUAAGCAAAACAAACUUCAAAAAAUAGUUCAAAAAUAUUUACAUGGUAGCUCUGUAGCCAGCUAUAAUAAUUUAAACUUUUCUGUAUCUCCUGCACUGAGGAUGUUAACCUAGCAGCCCAAAUCCUAGCUCAGAGAAGUCUUAACAGCACAACAUUCAACCCCAAGCUACAUGUAAUUUUUACUGUCUAAUUAUUAAAACUUUGUUUUAAUUUUAACCAUUUUGGGGUUUGGCCUUUUUAAUACAUUAUUUAAACCCAUUCUCUUUACGAUUAAGCUGACUCAUGCAUCCAAGAAUAGUAGACCAUAAUAACAAAUUAAACUUAAAAAAAGUAAGGCAAACAGUAUGAUAAGGGGUCAGGUAUUUGUUAAGGGUAGUAUUUUUCAUUAUUGCAGCUCCCAUAGAUAUAUUUUUGUUUAUAAAUGUUGUAUCUCACAUUUUCAUUGAUUUUUACAAGUAGUUGGUUAGAUAGAUAGGUUUUGUCUCAAAUACAUGAUUGUACAUUUCUGUAGUGAUAUUCUUUAAGCAAGAAUAUUCUUACCCUAAACAAGGGGCUUGCAGCCUCGGCUGUGGGACAUAUGAGGCUCUCAGCCUAAUUUCAGACAUUCCUUUCUCAUGGCUGGCUGCUUGGAAAAGACAGGACAUUGGAAAGAGAAUGGUGCUGCCCCACUCACUGUUUCUUUCCAUUGUGCUUGCUCUGUAACCUCCAAGGAAUUACUCUUGAGGCAGUAAGGUCCUCAGUAGUUUUCCUGUCCUGAAAAAUUAAUGGCGUUCCUAUAAUUUCUGCUGAAUUCAACAUUUAAAUGUUGAUCUUUGUAUUUUUAAGGUUUAUGUAUUCUUCAUUGAAUCCUUUUACUGAUUAUUUUAAUAGGAUAUGGGAUUACAUGUUUAUGGUCUUGGUGUUUGGUGAUUGUAAAGAAGGAGAGAGAUGCAUGUAGCUAUAAAAAUUGUAAAAAGUGUUGGUAGAUACCGAGAAGCAGCUCGUUCAGAAAUACAGGUAUUGGAGCAUUUAAGUACCUUGGAUCCUGGUAGCACAUUUCGUUGUGUGCAGAUGUUGGAAUGGUUUGAACAUCAUGGUCAUGUCUGCAUUGUAUUUGAACUGCUGGGACUCAGUACUUAUGAUUUUAUUAAAGAAAAUAGCUUUUUGCCAUUUUCUAUUGAACUGAUUAGGAAGAUGGCUUAUCAGAUUUGUCAGUCCAUAAACUUCUUGCAUCAUAAUAAGUUGACUCAUACAGACCUGAAACCUGAAAAUAUUUUAUUUGUAGAGUCUGAUUAUGUAGUAAAGUACAAUUCUAAAAUGAGGCGAGAUGAACGCACCCUGAAAAACACAGAUAUUAAAGUUGUAGACUUUGGUAGUGCAACAUAUGAUAAUGAACAUCACAGCACUUUAGUGUCUACACGUCAUUAUAGAGCACCUGAAGUUAUACUUGCACUUGGUUGGUCUCAGCCCUGUGAUGUUUGGAGUAUAGGCUGCAUUCUGAUUGAAUAUUAUCUUGGUUUCACUGUCUUCCAGACACAUGAUAGUAAGGAACACCUGGCAAUGAUGGAGAGGAUACUUGGACCUUUACCACUACAUAUGAUUAAAAAAUCACGGAAAUGUUAUUUCCGUCAUAACCAACUGGACUGGGAUGAACAUAGUUCUGCAGGCCGUUACGUUAGGAGACGAUGCAAACCAUUAAAGGAAUUUAUGCAUUGUCAUGAUAAAGACCAUGUGAAUCUUUUUGAACUUAUCCGCAGGAUGUUAGAAUAUGAUCCAUCCAAGAGAAUAACUCUAGAUGAAGCCUUGGAGCAUCGCUUCUUUGAUGCCCUAAAAGAUAGAUAGCUUUUCUUAUCUUCCUUAAAGGAGAUGAUAUGGACUAUGUCUGUCAACAUCUAUUGUGAGAUGUUGUAAAUAAUAAAUUAUUUUGUACAGUCGUUUCUGUAAAUAUAACCGUAUGUUUCUAUACUGAUGCUGUUGUGUCUAUCUGGUUGAACAGUUACAGUCUUGAUCAUGGAUACUAUCAUGUAAACAUUAAAAAAAUUUUUUUUAA